CCAUUUUAUAAAAUUGUUUUUAUUUACUUUUUAUUAUUUCCGAUAUGUAAAAUUAUUUUUUCUAAAAACAUUUAAUAAAGUCGAAAUGAAAAAACGUUGCUAUGUAAAAAUAAUACUAGAAUUACAUGGCGUAACAUGCCCGGGUGUUUGGCUAUGUACCUCUGGUUAUUUGGAAUUGACAAUUAAAACACUUGGAUAUUUUUUUAAAAGUGGUCCAAUGGAACCUAAAUUUCCUAUGUUAUGUCAUGACGUAUUCAUAAUGGAGGGAUAUUUUCCAUCAGUUCGUAACUUUAAUGAAUUAGAUAAAGUUUUAGCAACUGAAAAUAUUGAAGCAUCGUUAUGGCAAAAUGGUUGCAGAUUAGCAUAUUUUAUUGGUAAAAUAAAACAAAUAAUCUGCAAUUCGUAUGUUGAAAAUUCCACUAUCCAAAUAUUAAUGAAUCCUAGUCACAAUUUUCCGGGAAUUAUUGCACCAAAACUUGAACUAGUGUCAUAUGUUUUUUUUGAAAAUCGAACUCAACUUGAUGAAAUUCAACACACUUGUAACAAAUUCAUCCAAAUGAAACAAAACGAAUAUAAUUUUGUUCCUAAUAAAACAAUACAAACUGAACCUGAUAAAAGAUCUCUAGAAGCACGAAUUCAAAGACAAGUUUGUCAUACGAAAAAUGGGCGAAAGCAUAAUUUCGAAAAAAGUAACCCUGAUUGGCGAUUUUUUGACUCUUCACGAAAAUCUUCAAAAAACGUCGAUUAUAAGAAUAAUGAAAGACGUUCCAAUGAUCCAACAGUAGAAUCAGUACCAUCUUUAAAACUUUUAGAAAGUUCUAGGAAUAGUUCUACUGAUACUGGAAGUACUUCGGGACAGUCAAACCAAUCCUUAGAAAUGCAACAUAGUGGCAAAACCUCAACCCGGCACUCAGAAAAUUGUGAUAUUUGUCGAACAUAUGAAAGAACUUUUAGAACAUCCACUUAACAUCCAUUUACGACAAUAAUUUUACCUAAAUUAUUUCUUAAAUUUUAGAAAAAAAAAAAUUUCAGUUUAUGUAUGUAU